AUGUUUCGUAUAUGUCGUUUGCGAACGGUUUUCAAUGAAUUUUCAUUUUUAUCUUUCGUUGUUAUAGUUUUCAUAUACUGUUUAUAUAAAAAUAGAACAACCGACUAUAAAAUAACGGAAGAAAUCAAUUUGAAUCCUUUUGUUUCUGAAAACAUACACAAAAUAUCAGAAAAUAUUACCUUAUUAGUCGUGUUGGAUCAUUCAACUGACAUCAAUCAAUACAGUUUUCCACUCAAGACCAUUAAGUGCUAUGCUAAUUUACAUAAAUAUAACCUUUUAAUUGUGAGAGACGAUGAAUACUCCAGCUGCCAACAGAAAGACCCUAUGUUUCGCCGACACUGUAUCUCGGCAGAAGUUCUUCCAACCACUCAAUGGUUGCUCUUUUUGGACGCAGACAUAGCCAUUGCUAAUCCCAGCAGAUUAAUAGAAGAAUAUAUAGAUGAAAACUACGAUUUAACCUUUUAUGAUCGUUUUAUCUCAUGGGAAAUAGCAAUGGGAUCAUAUUUGAUCAGAAAUACACCAUGGUCUCGGCGAUUUCUGUCCGAGUUUGCUGAUUUCGAGUCCCAACUACCAAACAGCUUUCACGGCACUGAUAACGGAGCCAUUCAUGCAUUUCUUAUGACGAAAUCAAAUGUUUCCAAUGAGAAAAGGCAGAAAUGUCUGAGAGUUUGGUCGGAAUCAGUCAAUUUCUAUACGUUAUUCCUAUUUGAAUUAUGCGUUCGAAACGCAAUGGAAUAUAAUCUUAAUGAACAUAUAAGGAUAAUACCGAAAGGCAGAGGAUGGGUUCGAGACAUUUGGCUCACAUCUUCAAAAAUUAAUUUAGAAAGAGAUUUUAUGGUGCACGGCACGAAAACCAAAGACCGCAGAACUUAUCCGACGUCAAUAUUCGAUCAUUUCAGAACAUUCUUCAAUUCGCAGUUUGACUGGUAUCCUUUCCUGCUCAAUAAUUUGAAUAAUGAAGAUUGUUCUUAUGUCUAUGACGAAAGAUUGCUCUCAUCCAAAGAAAAUAUUGAAUUCAUACUUCGCUCAAUUCACAAAACUGUCGAAUAUCGACGUUCCAGAUCAUUCUUUGAUUUACAGAACUAUCGUUGGAAAUAA